GUGAAAUACUUGGGGGUGCGGAGGAAGAACCAGGUGCGGAUGUCUCCAACGUAUAAGCUCAGAGAUCCUCCGUGUUUUUCCCUCUGGACGUAGGAACCCAAGCAUCUGGCAUCUUCUCGCCGGACCUACCGGCUACCAGCGACAGAGAAAAGGAGACGGUUCAUUUUCCUUCUUGUUUUGAUGCGAAAGAAACCCUAGCGAAUCCUUUUUCUCCAGCUUCGUGUUGUCUGGGUUUCGAUGGAAGUCAUGGUUCGUGGCUCAACUCCUUUGAGCUCCUCGGACGCCGUGGCGAACAUCUACUCUAGAUAUUGCGAUACGAGAAGAAUAAAUGAUCCUGCAGAGUGCAAAGAUGCUUUAGCAUUGCUUUCAAAAUGGGUGGAAUCCAAAGGAUUGACAAGCCAAAUAAUUUUUGAUGGACUAUAUAGGCUUAUGGUGCAGCUUGAUUUAUUGGCAGAUUCUCGUGGAUUUCUAACAUUCUACAAUUUUGUGUUUUUCAUUUGCCGUGAGAAUGGUCAAAAGAAUAUAUCUGUAUCCAGGGCUACUACUGGUUGGAAUAUGGUCUUGAAUGGCAGGUUCCGUCUUCUUAAACAGUGGUGUGAUUUUGUUGAGAAGCAUCAGCGACACAACAUUUCUGAAGAUACCUGGAGGCAAGUGUAUGAAUUCAGCCGAUGUGUUCAUGAAGAUCUUGAAGGCUAUGAUCCUGAAGGUGCAUGGCCAGUUCUAGUCGAUGAUUUUGUUGAACACAUGUACAAAACUACUCAUUCAAAUGGUUGCAGCUGUUUGAAUCUUGAAUGUGAUUGUGGCGGAACACAAAAAGAUAUUGGCUUGUCUAGUCCACUUCCUGGGUUGAAUGUUUUCCCGGGCUUCAAACGGAAGUAUGCUACUGCAGUCAGUGACUGCAAAGUCAUACCAGGAAAUUUUUCAUCUCGAAAUCCAUCCAGUGCAAAUGACAUGAUAUUAAAGAAAGCUAGAACUCUUUCACUUGACGAGAAACUGGAAUACUUGGAAGCUGCUUGUGACACAAAUAAGCAUAAUGUGAAAGUCGGGUUAGGCAGUUCUGUAUGUGCCAUCGAACGGUUUCUUUCAAAAGGAUUCAAGGGGCAGCUUUCUAUUGGCUGCAAUAUUCAAAUUGAUCCGUCAAGAAGAGUUUCAAGUGUAUAGACUAUAGGGUUACGUAUCCACUGAUUGAUUGGCUGCUUUAGAAUUCCUGGUCUGCUUUCUGUUUGCUGUGUAAUCCAGAGUCAUAGGUGAUUUUGAUUGGGUAGAUGGUGCCAAUUAUUGCUAUCUAAAUGCUCAGAAUAUGUUGCCACACCGGUAUUCGCCUCAUUCGGCCUCACAUUGGAAGAUGACAUCGUGUAAUAUCAACCCCUGAUGGGGCUUAUGUUUCUAUUAGUGAAUGGGUAGAUAUUUGGUGUGGUGAUCAUAUAUUGUUCUUUACUUAAUAGUGGUGCUUAAUCAUAAUAAGAAUGGGAAUGGUUUCAUGGCUCUAAAUAUUUCUGUA